AAGAAGAGUGUGGGACAAAAAGUUUGGUUUAUCGUGUAAAUUAAGUGCAAUGCAAAGACAAAAGACAAAACCCCUAAACCCUGGGAAUGAAGAAGACGAAGAAGAAUGUGGAAGAAAAUGGGGGAGGAAAGUUCAGGGGUGCCGAGAGGUCUGCGUAUUUCGCACGCAGAGAGGCAGCGAAGGUGCUGAGAGUUGUUCUCGAAGGAGACGCUAAGCGCCGCGCUCUUGCCUCCAUCAAAUCCCUCAUCUAUCAACCUUCCGUUAGGAACAAGAAGGCCACCUUCGCCCUCCUUUGUGAAACCCUAAAACAUCUUCCUAUCAUCAAGGAUGUCUUGGAAGCUGCUUCCAUUCUCAAUACCAAGUGGAAGAGACAACAAGAAUUGGUUUAUAUCAUUGUCUAUGAUAUCCUUUUCGGCCAGGCGGUUUCACUAGUUGGUGAUGCAGAGAAGUACCUUAUGCGACACGAAGGCGCCCUGCGUUCGUCUCUUAAACAGCUUUUGUUACAGAGAAAUGUGAAGACUGUUAAGCAGUUGAUUGCUCUGCAUGAAAUUCCGGAUGUUUCUGUACCUCGGUAUGUUCGUGUGAAUACGCUUAAAUUGGAUGUUGAUUCUGCCUUGCUCGAACUUCAGAAAAAUUACUCGGUUCAAAAAGAUAAUCUGCUGGCUGAGUUACUGAUACUCCCACCAGGUACUGAUUUACAUGAUCACCCUCUAGUAAAAAAUGGCAGUAUCUUUAUGCAAGGUAAGGCAAGUUCCAUGGCAGCACCAGCUCUUAGCCCUCAACCAGGAUGGGAGGUUAUCGAUGCGUGUGCAGCACCGGGAAACAAAACUAUUCACCUUGCUGCCCUUAUGAAGAGUAGGGGAAAGAUUGUAGCAUGUGAGCUGAAAAAAGAAAGAGUUAAGCGAUUGAAAGACACUAUAAAGCUAUCUGGGGCAUCUAACAUACAAGUCCUGAAUGAGGAUUUCUUGAACAUAAAUCCCAAGGAUCCUUCAUAUUCUAAGGUGAACGCUAUUCUCUUGGAUCCUUCCUGCUCUGGUUCUGGUACUUCUGCCUCAAGACUAGACCAUCUGCUCCCAUCUAAAACAGCAGGUCAGGAUACUGAUAUGGAAAGAUUGAGUAAGCUUGCAACUUUCCAGAGAAAGGCUCUUGAGCAUGCUUUACUUUUUCCUGCUCUUGAAAGAGUUGUCUAUAGUACAUGUUCAAUCAACCAAAUUGAGAAUGAAGAUGUCAUCAAAUCUGUUCUUCCCAUUGCCGAAUCAUAUGGAUUUCAAUUGGCGAAGCCCUUCCCCGAGUGGCAAUGCCGUGGUCUUCCGGUGUUUGAAGGCUCUGAAUGCCUGAUUCGGACAGAUCCUGCCGAGCAUGGCGAGGGUUUCUUCAUUGCUUUGUUUGUUAGGAAAGCUGCGAUAUCUUCGGAGUGUUCAAAUAAAAACGAAACUAGAAGUUUCCGUAACACUUCCGUAAUUAAAAACGCGCAAAGAAAGAAGAAACGUAUGCCGUUUAUUGGCACUAAUCCAUUCAAAAUGUGGUUAUAUGAUCAAGUGAUGUAGCUUCCGAAGGUGACCAAGAUAGAAUUAGAGUUGUCAAAUGGUUUAAAUUUAUUUUUUAAUUCAAAACAGUGUAUUUUAAAAUUAUUUUGACGGCAUUUGCCCAUUUUGCUACAUACCUGCAUAUUAGUUAAUAUUGAUUGAGUUUUGUC